AUGGUGCUGGACUCAGGGGAUCAGGUAUAUGAGCAGGCACCCCCCAGCCCGCCUGGCAGUCCCUCAUCUCUGCACCAUAAGCUGAAGCCCUCAGACCAAGAUGUGCCACCAAGGUACCCCUGGCCUCAGUCCUUGGCCUUGCCCCUUGCUCUGGCAGUCCCCUCAGCACUGCAGCCCCAGCCUGAGCGACACCUCUCCUCAAAGCUGCAUAUGGGCUACCGUAGCCACAUGCGUCGCAGUGAGAGCACCUACACUGUAAAUAGUACUGGCCAGCAGAGGUGUGGCACCCAGCGACGGGCUCUGUCUGGACAAGGACGGAGCCUAGGUGGGGGCAACCUGCGGUCUGCAGCAUCCCUACCUCACAUUGCUAAGACUCGAAAGGAUGGAGGCCAUGGUACCAGCAAGAGCCCCUGCAUGUUAGUGGCCCUGCGACCAAUCAACAUGGACCAUGAACGGGACAAGUUCUUCCAGUCCCAUUACACCUACAACCCACAGUUUGAGUACCAGGAGCCCAUGCCCACGGCUGUACUGGAGAAGUACUGUGAGGCCUCUGGACAGUUCAUUCAUCAGGCAGUUGGCAUCAUUGAAGCUGUUCUGGAGAAGUUUGGCACCUAUGAACACUUUGAGGCUGCUACUGGGGGCCAGCUGCUGACCAAGUGCCAGAUUUGGUCCACUGUGCGCAAAUACAUGCAAAAGGAGGGCUGCGUUGGGGAGGUUGUGGUGCAGCUGAGUGAGGACCUGCUGUCCCAGGCAGUGAUGAUGGUGGAAAACAGCCGACCCACACUGGCGAUCAAUCUGACUGGAGCCCGCCAGUAUUGGUUGGAAGGGAUGCUGCGGCACGAGAUAGGUACCCACUACCUGCGAGGUGUAAACAACUCGCGACAGCCAUGGCACAGUGCCGAGGGCCGGCUGCGGUACGGGCUGCGCCCAGCUAACCCCACGGAGGAGGGCCUGGCCAGCCUGCACAGCGUGCUGUUCCGCAAGCAGCCCUUCCUGUGGCGCGCCGCCCUGCUGUACUACACCAUCCACCGCGCCGCUCGCAUGUCUUUCCGACAGCUCUUCCAGGAUCUGGCGCGCUACGUGCAGGACGCAGACGUGCGCUGGGAGUACUGCGUGCGCGCCAAGCGUGGCCAAACCGACACUUCAAAGCCCGGCUGCUUCAGCAAGGAUCAGGUGUACCUGGACGGCAUCGUGCGCAUUCUGCGACACCGCGAGACCAUCGACUUCCCGCUGCUGACCUCGCUGGGCAAGGUGUCCUAUGAGGAUGUGGACCACCUGCGGCCCCAUGGGGUGCUGGAUAAAACCCGGGUGCCCCACUUCAUGCAAGACUUGGCACGCUACCGGCAGCAGCUGGAGCACAUCAUGACCACCAACCGGCUGGAUGAGGCAGAGCUGGGCCGCCUGCUGCCCGACUGA